AUGCGCCGACUGGGGAGUGCUUUUGACAGUUCGCUAAAGCACCGUAACUUUGAGGAUAGGAUAGGUCGAGGUGCGCUCGAUCUAGAAAUCUCAGGAGCUCUCGCCUCUAGGUGGUGCACGACGUUGAGAGGGACAAGAAGCUUGGGAGUCAGGACGGAGGCGAGAACUAGUAGCAAGAGGAACCGUCGGCGAUGGCGUCGCCGGUAA